AUGUGUGUCAAACCAAAUGUAGUCGUCGCACAUGAAAAGGCCGCUGGUAACGCCGGUGUCGUGGCUAAUGUAGCUUCUGCGGAGGCAUUGUAUGGCCAAGGUGCAGUUGGCCCCGGUAUCACUGAGCUGAACUCUCUCAAAACUACCAUCACAGGAGAGCCUGAGCAAGUACUGACCACUUUCGGCUCAUAUACUGUUCAGACGUACACGACGGAGAUCGAGGAAUGCCCUUUGACCUAUACGUACCACUACGGGAGAGGUUUCAAGGAGGUGAGAAGUCUUCCCCUAUCCAUGAAAAGAUCGUCUUUAUGUCCGCAAGCUAGCUCUGGUAACUAA